UCAGUGGCGCCACUCACCUCCCUCCAUGACGCCCCGGCUCUCCCACCCAGCCUGUUGCUCUCCCGGUGACUCCAGGUCAGAUUUUCCUGGCGACUCAAAGUGUGACUUCCAAACUUCUGGGCAGCGGGCACAGCACAGAAUUUCUGCCCCCGCCCCCUUCGCCGGCUCCCUCGGGCCGGGCCCGUCCCUCUGCGCCCCAGUCGUCGCGGAACUAGCGAACGCCAGUGCCGAGGGUAGCACAGCCUGCUGGGUGGGGCCGCCGCUCAUGAAGCCGUCGUGGUUGCAGUGUCGCAAAGUCACCGGCGCCGGGGGACUCGGGGCACCCCUGCCCGGGUCUACUCCGGUGCGAGGUGCCGCCGGCGCAGCCCGCAGGGCGUAUGUGGCCCCGGGCACCUGGAGCGCUCUCGGGGCCCUGGGCUGCCGCGCGCUGUCGUCGGGCGGGGGUGGAGAGUACAAGACCCACUUUGCGGCGUCGGUGGCCGACCCGGAGAGGUUCUGGGGCAAGGCUGCGGAGCAGAUUAGCUGGUACAAGCCCUGGACCAAGACGCUGGAGAACAGACACCCGCCCUCCACCAGCUGGUUUGUGGAAGGAAUGCUUAACAUUUGCUACAAUGCCAUUGACCGUCACAUUGAAAAUGGUGAAGGGGACAAGAUUGCUAUCAUCUAUGACAGUCCUGUUACAAACACGAAAGCAGAUAUUACCUAUAAAGAAGUCCUGGAGCAGGUCUCUAAACUGGCUGGUGUUUUAGUCAAGCAUGGCAUCCAAAAAGGUGACACUGUGGUGAUCUACAUGCCCAUGAUCCCGCAAGCCAUGUAUGCCAUGCUGGCCUGUGCCAGGAUAGGAGCCAUUCACAGUCUCAUUUUUGGAGGAUUUGCUUCCAAAGAACUAAGUAGUCGUAUCGAUCAUGCAAAGCCCAAAAUAGUGAUUACAGCAUCAUUUGGUAUUGAACCUGGAAGGCGGGUAGAAUAUAUACCACUUAUAGAGGAAGCUCUACGAAUAGGACACCACAAGCCGGACAAAGUUCUCAUUUAUAAUCGUCCAAAUAUGGAGACAGUUCCUUUGGUCCCGGGUCGAGAUCUUGAUUGGGAUGAAGAGAUGGCAAAAGCCCAAUCACAUGACUGUGUUCCUGUUCAUUCAGAACACCCACUCUAUAUUCUUUAUACGUCUGGAACCACAGGAUUGCCUAAGGGUGUAGUUAGGCCUACAGGGGGAUAUGCUGUAAUGCUGAACUGGUCAAUGUCUUCGAUAUACGGACUGAAACCUGGAGAGGUGUGGUGGGCAGCCUCUGACUUGGGCUGGGUAGUUGGACAUUCCUAUAUUUGUUAUGGACCUCUUCUACAUGGGAACACAACAGUUUUAUAUGAGGGAAAGCCUGUGGGAACACCAGAUGCUGGUGCUUAUUUCCGUGUGCUUGCGGAGCAUGGAGUAGCUGCCUUGUUUACAGCACCAACCGCCAUUAGAGCCAUCCGCCAGCAGGACCCCGGGGCAGCCUUGGGGAAGCAGUACUCUCUGACAAGGUUCAAAACACUGUUUGUAGCUGGAGAACGAUGUGACGUGGAGACUCUGGAGUGGUCCAAAAAGGUCUUCCGGGUGCCUGUGCUAGAUCACUGGUGGCAAACGGAGACCGGAUCCCCAAUUACAGCCUCAUGCAUUGGAUUAGGUAAUUCAAAAACACCUCCCCCAGGACAAGCAGGAAAAUGCGUCCCAGGAUACAAUGUUAUGAUUUUGGAUGACAACAUGCAAAAACUGAAGGCUCGGAGUUUGGGAAAUAUUGUCGUGAAGUUACCAUUACCACCUGGAGCCUUUUCUGGACUUUGGAAAAAUCAAGAAGCAUUCAAGCAUUUAUACUUUGAAAAAUUUCCUGGAUACUAUGACACCAUGGAUGCUGGCUACAUGGAUGAAGAAGGCUAUGUGUAUGUCAUGUCUCGAGUUGAUGAUGUGAUCAACGUUGCAGGUCACAGGAUCUCUGCAGGUUCCCUCGAAGAGUCAAUCCUGUCCCACGGUGCUGUUGCAGACUGUGCUGUUGUUGGCAAGGAAGAUCCUCUGAAAGGUCAUGUCCCCUUAGCACUCUGUGUACUGAGAAAUGAAACAAAUGCAACAGAGGAACAGGUGUUAGAAGAAAUUGUGAAACAUGUUAGACAGACCAUUGGUCCUGUGGCUGCUUUUCGAAAUGCAGUGUUUGUCAAACAACUACCCAAAACCAGAUCUGGCAAAAUUCCCCGGAACAUUCUGUCUGCCCUUGUCAAUGGCAAGCCAUAUAAGGUAUCCCCUACAAUUGAAGACCCCAACAUUUUUGGGCAGAUAGAAGAAGUGCUGAAACAGGCAUUGUGACAUUUUCUUUUUUCUAUUCCGAAUUUCAUUUUCUCAUUGGAAUUAAGUUAUUUGAGCUAUUUCCCAGAAAUAUAUACAUAAAUGGAAAUUUCUUGCAAGCUGAAAUAUGAAUUGUAGAGCUUGAUGUAAAACAAGCCUAAUGAAGACA